AUGGGAGUUGAUCACUUCAACAGUAACAUGUUUGUCCUUCUCAAUUAUGGCUACAGUGUACAUGUUCAGUAUGGUCGCCGACAUAUGCUGACAGCUUUCUUUGGUGGAGGAAUAGCAGGCUGUGCAGCACAAUUCUCUCUUUACUUAUAUCAGAAGGUUCAAUGGGAAAACAUCCUUCCUUCACCAAAAACUUGGAAAAUGUUUGGAGAUACAUUUGUAUCACAUCUGCAUAACUGGCAAAGAAAGGCCCUUUCGAAUGUCUUUUCACAUGUAAAUGCAUGGAGGCCGUGUAUUGGUUGUAGUGCGGCUUUGUCAUCUCUUAUGGCAGUAGAAGCUUGCUACAACAURUCAUCUUUAACUGAAAAAAUGAGGCAGCCAGUGCCUGUGUUAGAUUGGGAAGUACUGCACCAAAUGUCACAGUUGUUAUUUACAAGUCUUGUUGUCUAUGAAGAUUUUAGAAUGCUGRUAGGAAGCACUMCUAAGGACAAAGGGUUUUUAGGCAGCCUUGUUGCUUAUUCUGUUGAUGGAGUUGGACAUGCAGCACAUMUYGGAGGCUUUGUGUUUGGAUUACUGUAUUUUGCAUUUGUUUUAUAUGGCAAAAGGAGAUCAAAAAUAGAAGUAAAAGGCAAAAAUGGGAAAGARAAAGGCUAGAAAAAAAUGUCCCACUUAUCUAUUGACAGAUAUUUACAAAUCCAUGAUAAUCAUUUAAUUCAACAUAAAACAAAUAUGUUUAUAAAUUCUUUCUUAUAACAUACUACCAAGUUUUAAGCAGUGCUGAACGAUAAUAUAACCAAAUGUCAUUUUUUAGAAUUCUUAAUUUUUAUAAUACCAGUUAUCAUACAAUAACAAUUUUCACUUGAUUUCAACCUUGUUCCCAG